AUGAAAAGAACUUACAGACGUGGUUUCUUAGCACCUAUUAGAGGCGUCCGCUAUCAUAUCAAAGAGUUCAGUGGUCAGGGUCGCCACCCUGAAAAUGCGCGUGAGUUAUUCAAUAUUCGUCAUGCUUCCUUGAGAAACGUAGUUGAGAGAAUAUUUGGAGUACUUAAAUCCCGUUUCACAAUAUUCAAGACUGCACCUCCAUUCCCAUUUAAGACACAAGCGGAGUUAGUGUUGGCUUGUGCAGGACUUCACAACUUUCUUCAUAAGGAAUGUCGUUCUGAUUUAUUUCCUGUUGAACCGGAGGAUGAAGAAGAUUCUGAACAUGAAGAAGAUCCGGAAGAUGAAUUCCAAACCCAAGACCAACAAAGAGAGGAAGCUAAUGAUUGGAGAAUGGAGAUAGCUAAUCAUAUGUGGAGAGAUGCAAGACCUGCACCUGAUCCUGAACCCAAUCCUCCACCCGUUGUUGAAGGCAACAAUGCAGCAGAACAAUCAUGA